AGGGGGCGCGGCGGCGGCGCGGCGGCCAUGUCGGAGCUGGCGCGGGAGGAGCUGUCGGCGCUCGCCGCCAUCUACUGCGAGCCGGGCGCCUGCGAGCUGCUGGCGGCCUCAGAAACUCAUGGAAUUUCAUUUAGAAUUCAAAUCAGUGUGAAAGAACUGCUGGAUACAGAUGUACUUUUAAAGCUAUUAUUUCAUUUACCAGUCAAUUACCCAUCAACUCUACCGGAUAUUUCUGUUAACUCAGACCAGCUUACAAGGGCCCAGUGUAUGGAUGUGAAAGAGAAAUUACUUGAACAAGCAAAGCAGCAUCUUUCUGAACCCAUGGUACAUGAUCUGAUUCUUUGGGUACAGCAGCAUCUUAAAGAUGUCAUUAAGCAAUCAGCAACAGUUUGCAAUGAAAAAACUACUUUGUCAAAAGAAACAGAAGAUGGUAUCUGGAUGCUCCUUUUGCAUUUAGAUCACAUGAGAGCAAAGGCAAAAUAUGUGAAAACUGUGGAAAAAUGGGCUUCAAAUCUAAGGCUGACUGGAAGACUGAUGUUCAUGGGCAAGAUAAUAUUGAUUCUUCUUCAGGGUGACAGGAGCAGCAUUAAGGAGUACUUGAUUCUUCAGAAAACUUCUAAAGUAGAUGUGGACUCAAGUGGAAAGAAGUGCAAAGAGAAAAUGAUGAGAGUACUAUGUGAGACAGAAGUAGAGUCAGAGCAUAAAAGGUUUCAGACGUUUGAAGUCAAAGAAUAUUCAACACCAGAGGAGCUACAAAAGGAAUUUGAAACUGCAGGACUUGCAGCUCUUUUCUCUGAGUUUGUGCCUCCUCUCUUAAAAUAAAACUAAAAGAAACCACUGGACCUUUGACCAAAGCAGUAGUUGACUGCAGAUGCUGAUGGAAGAUAAGAGGACUAAUGUGGCAGAACAAUGUUGAAGCUUUUCUACAAAAAAUACCCGUAGCAGUCAUCCUUUUGCAAGAAGAAAGCAAUUAAUACAUCAAGAACUGAUAAUUUUUUGACAGUUAUGUAUUAAUAACUUUUUUCCAAACAAUGUAAUGUUGCUUGUGAUAAUUGCAUGGCAAGCAUGAGAUUGGGAGGAAGUAAUGUUAAAAAAAUAGUCUUCUAGCCAGACUCUGUUUUAUAGUCCCUGUUUUUCAAUGUCUUAUUUCUUCACUCUCAUGGUAGAAUUUGUUGUUAAAGGCAUGUUAGCAUGAUUAAUUUUGCUUUGGAAGACUGAAAAUAUUUCCAUAACGAAACAUAGUGGACACACAUUUGAAUACGUGAGGACAGCAUAUACUUAAUAUCCCUUAGGAGUUAAUCUGCUAAUUUUUUGUUCUCCCUGUAAUUGACUAUAAAUGCUAGAUGGUUGAUUUGAAGAAAAAGCCCAUGUCACUUGGGGCCUGAAAAAACUUUGAAGUGUCUUUUUGAAUAUAAGUUUUUAUUCUAAAAUUUAUAAAAACACCCACAUGGAGGAUUUAAAUUGAUAAAAAGCUGAGGUAAAGCCAAUUGUAAUAUUUUCUUUGAUAGUUUGCAGAUGUCUUCUUGCACUUUCUCUGGUUUUACUGUCUGUUUGGCUUUAGAUACCUUGCUUCAAUUAAACUGUUGGAGCAGUAUAUACAAACUUCAGUCUUCUAUCUUUCAAGGCUUCUGCCAAGUUCUUUUUGUAAGUUUGUUUAUUUUGGUGUUUUUGGAUUUGUCACUGACCUUGGCCGACCUGCAAUUUUUUUUUUAAACAGUAGUCUGUGUUUUACAUCUGUAUAGUGUUACAAAUUAUAUGCAUAAUUUUGUGAAUUGUGAAAGUUGUGCAAGUUCUGUUUACUUAGGGAGGACUGUAUACUUAUUUAUUACAAUUAUUAAUGUCUGUCCUUUGGUUUCUAUUUUACCUGAAACCAUUCUCUAACAAGACUAAAUAAAUUAUCCAGUAAUAAAAAUUUUACAAUCAUGAAUUUCUGAGUAACUAGCAGUGCCAUUUGCCAUUUCAGUUGGCUUUAGCACGCAGAUUAACAUGUGCUUUACUGCUCUCUAAAAUUUAGUUGCAGAAGCCAAAUGUCUCAUGUAUUCUGUAAUUAAACAGAUUUGAUCAAUUCAGUAUAAACUAAUUUAUUUCCAUUGUACUGGGUGAAGACUAGUACAAUUUGUUUAGCUCUGAAAGUGGUUUGGCAAAUCAUUAUGUAAGAUCUGAUUUCCUGUUUCAUGCUCAGACCAUGAGAUCAUACCUCUUUCUUUAUAUAUUCUAGAAAAGCAACUAAAUCAGACUAGGAAGAUUUUUAUAUUUUACUGUUUGAGAUAUCAGCUGCAUAAAAGGUGGUAAAUUGUUUGAAAGUUUCUGAAGUUUUGCAGGAUUUUGGUAAUUUUCCUAAUACAGAAUGUCUCAAAUAUAUAUGGUGCAUGUUGUUUUAUGCACUGAUGCUAAUUUAAUGAGAUAGUAGCAAAGUUCUUCUUAAUGAGUAUUUUAUGUUUACCACAUACAGUACUUCAGGCUCAGUAGAAAAGAGUCUGGGUUGAAUGGGUUUUGCAAAUCUGUUCUAUAUUAUUUUGAAAUGGCUUCCUUAGAGACAGGAACUCUAAUUUUCUAUCAUUUUAAGUGCAUGUGAAGAUGAAUUCUUACUUUUACAAAGAAGAAUAAAAGAGAAGUGUCUUUAAAAUAUUAAAAUAACAUGUAUUUUAAAUUACAGUUUCCAGAAUCAAGCUGUUCUGAAAUAAAAUAUUUGUUGAAAAAUUG